GAGUCUGGAUCAUCAGAGCGCAUAGCAACAAAAAUGUGAACUUUCAAGGAAGCAGUCUUUCCAUCGCUUCUAAUUGAAUAAUAAGACUAUGUAACACCAUGAUUAUUUUACAGCGAUGUUCAUAGUGUGAAAAGUAGUUAAAGGCACAAAAUGCCGGCAGGAACAAAGUCCGUGCAUUUCAAAGGCUUCAUGACGGAGUCAGAGCCAAGGGUGCCGAAAUAUCAGCACAGACAGCCCGUCCGGCCAGAGAAAACAGACGAAAUGUACCCAGAGAAGUGGCCUACUUAUACACAUAACGAUGUGGAGACAAGGAUUACCAAUGUGUUGGAGCCACUGUCACUUUUCGCUCCUUACCCUCACGAGGACCACAAAGAACCUCCAUUAUCUGAUGAUAAAAGCCAGAAAUCCCUUGAGCUUGAGAGACCAGUAACCCCUAUUGAUGAAGAAAUCAAGACUCAGCCCAAAGAUUUUGACAGACUUGCGAACUAUGUGAGACGCAGGAUUGCUGCCAAACCUGAUGUGCCUUAUUUGUCCAUGGAUGAUCAAAGGAAUCUGGCGGGGAUUUUGAUUGGUGAAGUUUCGCUGAUCUGGCCUGAAAUCAUGAAACAGAUUGAUGACCCUUUCCUGUCUGCGUUGGAGAAUAAAGAACUGAAUCGACGGAUAGCUGUGCACAUUGUAACAGUGUGUGAAAAACUGUUUCAUCACUACUUAAAAAAGGCACAAGUGCUAAAUGAGAGAGGAAUAUUCAGUGGACCUGCCAACAUGAGUCGACUGAAAGCACAGCUGGCUCUGGAUGCUAAUAAAUUUUUAAACAUCUUGACUAUCCGACGGUACAUUGUUGCUGAUAUUCGAGGGAAAGAUGAUUCAGAUGGAGACGAUAUUGAUACAUUCACUGCCAAGUUUUCUGGGAAACAAGAAAUUAGUCACCCUCCACUGUCAUUUCAAGGAAUGAUCCAAAGUAGCCGUCCAAAGUCUAAGACAAAGAAAUAUCGUUACAAGACUGCUGAACAGGAGGCAAAGGAGAUCUCGGAAGCAAUGCCUGCGCUGGACACAAAUAAAUUGAUGGGUCUGGUAGCAGAUAUGCCAGAUAGGGACCUUCAGACUCCAUCUCAAGAAUCUGACGGGUUUAUGUCACGAGCAGCAGGCAAGCAUCAUCCAACUUCAGAACUUUCCAUGGAGAUGCUCUCUGUUCAAAAAAUAUUACUCAAGAGGUCAAGGUCGAUGCCUCAGCUGCAGGCUGGUGAGAACAUCCUAGAGGAGAUUGGAAUAGAUCCCAAGAAAGUUCGCCGUGAUGAACUAGAAGAGAUGGAAAUCGCCAUGCUAAAACGAAACAACAAGGCUUUAGACAUGAAGAAAAAACAUCCUUUGGAGGAGGCAGGGCCCCAGCCUGGAACACGAGAGUAUGCCCAGAACGACCUAAAGCAGUUAAUGUCACGAGCCCAGGACAAAGAUGUAGGCAAAAUAGAGGAGGAUCUUCCCCCUUUGCUGCAGGCUCUCACAAGAAGUGCUAAACAUGAUGGAAUGAAGGAGAAAGUACAGCAAAAGAUAAAGGAACUUGAAGAGAAAGAAAAGAGAGAAAUGGAAAAAGAAAAUAUACCACUGCGCCAGCCCACUCAUCCACAGCCAGCCACCGUCAGCACUAAACUCCCCGGGAUGACAGUGAGAGCAUCAGAUAUCCGUGUGUCCGAGAGAGUCUGUAUGUCCUCCAUCACAAUUGACCGAUUCUCUACUGUCUUCAACGACCUCAUGGAUGAAAUUGACCCUGUAACCGUGAAGAAUCUCGAUAAGAACCUGUUCCUUGGUGAGGAGAUCACAGAGGUCUAUAGGGAAAUCAUGAAGACAGUCCCCACAACACAUCUCCGUCUGGACGACGAUGUAUAUGUGGUACCAGCUGCGGAUUCUGUAAAUCUGUCCGGUACAAUGGCAUCGGCAACUCUCAACAGACGUAAGUCAGAACGUGUGAUCAAUCCAAAACUGAGGAGCCAAAAACAGCCACCAUGGGGAGGCGAAGAUCCAAAAACAUGGGUCAAGACUCCAAACAACCCACCUAAAAAUUUCCUUGGAGAAGAUAUCUUCCAACCAACAACUCCAAACAUGGAACGUGUUCAUGAUGCCAUGCACAAUCCUGGCAAGAUGUCACAGAUGUUGCAGGGCGAUAAUAUGCCGAAAUUUGUAGCAGAAAAGAUGGCGCGUACAUACGCUUCAUGGCUUCAGUGGUGGAAAAGCACUGUGACAAGCGACGAUUACAUGAAAUACCUAUCGACCACGGAACAACUUGUGCCAGGUCUACUCGAGUUUGCUGCUACCCCUACAAACAGCACCACCUCCCAUGACAGCCAAAACACCUUAUCCUCGGAAAAAAUAUCAAUCCUUAAUCUUCCCUUCCUGGAGUUCAAACAAUUACAGGAAUCUUAUCCAAUGCAUUUAAGCUUAUUCUCCCCUAUCCCUAGACUGGACAAUGUCCAGCAAAAGUCUUCCUUUGAGAGUGACCACCAAGAGAUUCUUAAACAUGACAGUAACCCGAUCGAGUUGUCCCUCAAAACUGACAAUCCAGAAAUUCUUUGGCCAGAUGGCAAGCAAAUCAAUUCUAUCCUCAAACCUGGCAACCAAAACUCUAUUAGUGGCUUUUCUAAACAUGGCCACAAGAACAGCCAAAGGCUUAUGCUACCAAAGCUACAAUUGACAAAAAGUGUGCCGUCCUUACUGGCAGCCAAACUCUCCAAUAUCACCAUACAGGAAAAUGACUAUCUUGGUGCAACCUUCCACUUCUUUGAUUCGGAUGAUGAAGAUGAUGAAGAUGAAGAGUCAGCAGGUCCACCAAUAUCGAUGUACACACAUUCAAUUCCACAGCCAAGUCACAUGACCCUUUCUGGUGCCCUCAAGCCUCCCAAGCCACACUCUAGCAAAGUUUCAGAAAUGAGGAAACGCCAUAAGGGUGAAGUAGAGCGAGAGAAAAAGUUGAAUGAAUUGAAGGAGGUGAAGAAUAAGUACGAGGAAGGAAUGUGGAACGUCAACACCAUUCUGAUGGGAGGCUUGGGAAAGGACCCUGCAGUUAUUGAAGGUAAAGAUGACGAUGAUGCUUCCUCCAAGAGGCAGAAGUCGGCAGACACUACAAAGUCAGCCAAGACCUUACAGGAACGUGCUGCAGCCCGCCACUCGGCACGUCUACAGGAAAAGUCUUCCACUAGAGAUUUUAUACAGUCCAGGCAGUCUAGACAGUCUAAGGUGACGUCGGUUACCGGCACAAUGAGUAAGAUGGACACAGAGCGGUCAGAAGAGAGUGUGGGAGCUGAUGUACCACUGACACCACAGGAUCGACUGGAAAAGGUUUGGAAAUCCCUGGAAAUGCCAGAUUCCCACAGGCUGGACAUGGCUAUUAAGUACAGCUGCAACGAGUUUUACUCACGUCUGUUUGAGGUGAUUGACCGAUGGGAGAAGGUGACAGAGUUUAUAUUGAAGCGAGAAGAUUUAUUGGCUAAACUGGAAAAGUUUGAACGUAAUGCCUCAGAUCCUAACAGAUUCUUUGAGAAAGGUAACAAGGGCAGCUCAGUAAAACGACUGCAGGAGGCCAAACAGAGAAGUUUUUAUUAUAAGAGAAUUGACUAUUAUGACCGUGAGAUUAAAAUUGAAAUAGAUUACAUGACGCAACACUUUCAAGAUAUUAUCACAUACAAGGGCCGGUCAUACGAAGAGAAGAUGAAAUGGGAUAGGAUCGAGAUGCUCUACUGGUUACAGGAGGAGCGUAAACAGAAUGCUCUAAAGUACGAGGCCAUGAUGAAACAGGCCACACCAAUGAAGGUGAAGACAGCCCAACUUGACCCUAUUACACCACCCAGCACAGCGAAAGUCAAAUAGAGGCUGUCUUCAUUACACUGCCUAGCAGGGCAAAAGUCAAAUAGAGGCUGUCUUCAUUACACUGCCUAGCAGGGCAAAAGUCAAAUAGAGGCUGUCUUCAUUACACCACCCAGUACAUUGAAAGUCAAACAGAGGCUGUGUCCAUAACACUGCCUAAUAGGACAAAAGUCAAAUGGAUGCUGUCUCGAUUAUAGAGGAGGUGUCAAAGAGAGUUUUUGAAUUUGUUUUAUUUGUUUCUAUUCUGAAGAGAGAAAAUAACAACUUACAAAUAUGUUGGACCGGAGUCGUAUCACCAGAUAUUAAGAAGAUGUUACAAGUCAAUGUUUAUUUUUCUGCAACCAAGUAAUAAGGAGGAUGAACUUUGACAUUCAGUUAGCUUCAGCCAAGGUCAAAGUUGUUUGGUGCAGCCAAGCUAUACAGAGAAAGAACUUUGACCUUCAAUUAGCAUGUGCCAAGGUCGAAGUCAUCUUAUUGUAACCAAAUGACUUAGUCAUACAGAGGAUGAACUUUGACCUUAAAUUAACCUCAGCCAAGGUCUGCUUUAUCAGAAAGACCUGAGAUAUACAAAAGAUGAACUUUGACUUAAAUAAACUUGAAGAAAAAAAUUUUAUUCUAUAUUGAUCGAAGAAGUCUGUAAGCUGUCAGAAUUUUAUAUAUUACAGAUAUACACAAGUUGGUGAUAUAACCUCAGACAUAAGAUUCAGCACAAACUGCUUUAUUAAACAUGAUCUAUGUCUUCAUGGACUUAACCAAACAUAAACUCCAAUUUUCAAAAUUUGUUUUGCCUUGCCUGGAAAAUUCUUUUUGUUAAGAGACAUAUUUUUUUUAGGGAGGGGGGAGGGGGGAUUUCUUAUUAUUUACAGUAUAUAGUGUUAUAUCUCAAUAUUGUUAGGUACAUACCACUAUAGAUUCUGGGAUUUUCCUUUUUGUGGUUGUUUUCAACGUCAGUAAACAUAUUUGUGUUAUCCAUUAUAAAAUAUAAUUCUGAUGUUUUAAAAUCAAACUUAGGUAUGUACAUUUUAAUUUCAGUUUUAACAUAUUGUUUUGUUUCAGUGCUGUAUAUAUAAACUCUCUAAAUCUGUGAUAUUUACUCUGCUGAUUUGUUAUAAAAAGGUAUGUGGAAUUACGAUGUUUGUGUUAAUAUGUGGGCAUUCCAGUAUACAAUGAGACUGGAGGUAUCAGCUUUCCUCAUACAUCAUACAGACAUCUCAAAUUUUCACCCUUUCCUGAUUCAAUGGAUGACCAAAUCUAGAUCUAAGAUAUCAUUCUUUUUCAAUUUGUUAAGAUAAACUGUUUUUAACUUUUUGAAGAUGUUUUCCACAAUUUUUUAAGCAUUGAAAAAUGUUGGACAUUUCAUAAUGAAAAAAAACAUCACCUUUUUUUUCAUGAACUUUUAGUUUUCAAAAUUCCUUAAGGUUUAAUUGGUAUUGAAUGGGUAAAUUAUUACAUUUAAGUAUUGAGAAUGCUAAUGUUUAUAUCAAGGAUUCAGUCAGAAAUGUGAAAUGACAUGUAGGUGGUAUUCUCAUACUGUAGGUAUAUUGUCAACAUAUGAAUAUCAAUUAAGACAAGACAAUAACAUUUAAUAAAGAUAAUGUUCAUUAUAGUGAACAUUAGUCACCAGGAAAUGUUUGUUUAAAAGUUCUACAAUGUAUAUGAUGUUUGUCAAACAACAUUAAUCCAGUAUUUAAGGUAAUCUGCCUCGCCUUACUCCCUACCACAGUUACAGUAUAGGACAAUAUUAUCCCACACUGUCGGAUACUGUAUAUAUACUGAACAUUAGUUUGUACCUAUGAAUUGUUCUAAGUAGUAUAUACCUGGUAUACUCCAACAAUGUUAUAGGUUUUACACGGUCAGUUAUUUUGACAGGCGCCGCAGUCGGCAAAAUCAUAUCCGAUAGAAAAAGAGCCGACCAGCGACCUCUUAUGUUAUAGGAGUAAAUACUGUACCUGGUAAUGCUGAACCAGCUAGCCCAGGAAAACAGUUGUAACUAGUACGUUCAUUUCAACCACAGAAAUUACAGUGGAAGGGAGGAUGGUAAAAAGUAUUCAGAAUUAUAUUUUUAUAAAACUUAUAUAUUUAGAAUACAUUAUGUGGAGUUAUACCAUACAAAUAGUAUUACCCAGUAUGUGUUUUUUGUUUGAUAUUCAAAGAAUAAUGAAAAAACUGAGUAAUGUGUAAAACAAAUAUAUAUUUCAUUAUAGCAAUAAUGAGGUUGCUGUAGUUGUAAAUUAUCACUUUGUUAUAAAUCUUACAAGCCGUACCUUGUUGGAUAUAUCUACCUGUCUGUGAAAAUAUCUUGAUGUAACCGAAUACUUAAAUGUUAAUACAUUUACUAUCAAUUUGGACUACAUUGCUUUUUUUUGACAGAGUUCAUAAAGGCUUGUCCUAUCUAUGAACAAGGGUUUACAAAAUCACUUUACUAAAAGAUUUUAAGCCUUAUUAUACAACAGCAAGAGAUUUGCUGGACAUCUGUGAUAUAACUCUAAACUGCUGAAUACUUACAUAAACAGCUGUCAUUUUAAUUGUUUUGGUUAUUUAUUAUGAAGAUGAUAAAUGACAUACUGUUUUAUGAACUGAAUAUCUUACCACCAUCUUUUUAAAUGUUUCAUUAUUUAUUUCUGUUACGAUGAAUUUUUGUGAACUUUAUAUGAUGGUAACAAAUGCAUUAGAGUUAAGCCGUCCAGGUUUAUUAUAAAAUUCUGUUUAUAUUUUAUAAUGUAUUUCUACAACAAGGUGAAAGUAUGUGUUAUAUUUAUGUGAAACUGACAAAUGUGCUGUCAUAUUCACGAAAUUGCUUUAAUGUAAAAAUAAAACAUGUAUGUACAAAUACA